CCACCAUCCCCCGCACGGGCCGCUAUUACCUCUUUCUGAACAAUAAUGGAGGAAGACUAUUUCUCGAUAGACGCGAUUCUCGCCGAAAAUCAAAAAAUACAAUGCACCUUCAGGCGCGACAUCCCCGACAUGGGGCACCUGGGCGGCGGGAACACGAAGGAUAUCAAGGCGGGAGCCAAGGUGGCGAUACCCAUAUGGCUUGCAUAUGUCCUCAUCUACUCUGAAUGGGUCGACUUCACCAUCCCCACCGCAUUCGGGCCAAAGGUGAAGAACGCACUCAGUGCUGAGGAGAAGAGCGUGCGAUUGUCGGGGCUAGUGGGAGCGGGAAGCAGCUGGUACAGCUUCGGGAAGACCGUCAUGGACAUACUGAUUGAAGAGCAAGGGAAGGACAUGUCGGAUAUGUUGACGAGGACGUUCCAUAAACGACUACUCGAGAUCAUCGACCAAGCACAGCACUUUGCCGCGCUCGGGCCCGUUGGAGGGGGCGGGUCGGGCAAUGCGGCGCAGAGCUUUCGGGAGGGCCUGGACGCCACGGAGAGAGACCUAUUCACCAUCGCACAAGAGAGCGCAAAGCGGACGAAAAAGUGGUACGAGGAGACGGAGCGUGGCAGACGGUGACAUCAAGCGCGGGGGAUGUGUCCCAUAGUCUCAUGUAUCCUUCUUCUCAGCCGAAGCACGGGCUUCCAUCUCAGUCUUCCUCA